GGGAAGUUCAGGGUCGGAGGGCGGCAGCACCAGGCACCUGGCCCCAUGGAAGCUCGCGGGGAGCUGGACCCGUCCCGGGAAUCCGCGGGCGGAGAUCUGCUGCUGGCGUUGUUGGCGCGAAGGGCUGACCUGCGCCGAGAGAUCCCUAUGUGUGCAGGCUGUGACCAGCACAUCUUGGACCGUUUCAUCCUUAAGGCUCUGGACCGACAUUGGCACAGCAAGUGUCUCAAGUGCAGUGACUGCCACGUCCCUCUGGCUGAGCGCUGCUUCAGCCGCGGGGAGAGCGUCUACUGCAAAGACGACUUCUUUAAGCGCUUCGGGACCAAGUGCGCCGCAUGCCAGCUGGGCAUCCCGCCCACGCAGGUGGUGCGCCGCGCCCAGGACUUCGUGUACCACCUGCAUUGCUUCGCCUGCGUGGUCUGCAAGCGGCAGCUGGCCACGGGCGACGAGUUCUACCUCAUGGAAGACAGCCGGCUGGUGUGCAAGGCGGACUACGAAACAGCCAAGCAGCGAGAAGCCGAGGCCACAGCCAAGCGGCCGCGCACCACCAUCACCGCCAAGCAGCUGGAGACGCUGAAGAGCGCCUACAACACUUCGCCCAAGCCGGCGCGCCACGUGCGCGAGCAGCUCUCCUCCGAGACCGGCCUGGACAUGCGCGUGGUGCAGGUGUGGUUCCAGAACCGCCGGGCCAAGGAAAAGAGACUGAAGAAAGACGCUGGCCGGCAGCGCUGGGGACAGUAUUUCCGCAAUAUGAAGCGCUCCCGCGGCAGUUCCAAGUCCGACAAGGACAGCAUCCAGGAGGGACAGGACAGCGACGCCGAAGUCUCCUUCACUGAUGAGCCGUCCAUGGCUGACAUGGGGCCUGCUAAUGGCCUGUACAGCAGCCUGGGAGAGCCUGCCCCUGCGUUGGGCCGGCCUGUAGGAGGCCUGGGCAGCUUUACCCUGGAGCACGGAGGCUUGACGGGUCCAGAGCAGUACCGAGAGCUACGCCCAGGCAGCCCCUAUGGCAUCCCCCCAUCUCCUGCAGCCCCCCAGAGCCUUCCUGGCCCCCAGCCUCUCCUCUCCAGCCUGGUAUACCCAGACACCAACUUGGGCCUUGUCCCUUCAGGGCCACCAGGUGGGCCCCCACCCAUGAGGGUGCUGGCUGGAAAUGGGCCCAGCUCCGACCUGUCCACAGAGAGCAGUUCUGGAUACCCAGACUUUCCUGCUAGCCCUGCUUCCUGGCUGGAUGAAGUAGACCAUGCUCAGUUCUGACUGAGGCCUCCGCUUCCCCUGGCUCUAACUCAGGGGUCUUGGUGCUGCCUCUGGGUGGAUGGCUAGCCCCACCCCAUGCUGUCCAUUCCAAGGACCUCUGAGGGAAGGACAGGGUUCCCAAGUGAGAGAAUAGGGACUGUCCCACUUCCAGGCUCUCUGGCA